AUGCCGGAAAGAUAUUUUCUUGCAAGCGUAUUAUGCUCUUUUGGGGGUUUCUUAUUCGGGUAUGUUGAAUAUUUUGCAGAAUAUUAUGAGGACGGCGAAGAAGAUGUGCUGAUCGAUAUUGAUCCAUGCAGGAUCGACACUGGUAUCAUUGGACCAGUUACUGUCAUGUCAAGUUACCUCUCAAUGUUCGGUUCUCUAUCCUCCACGGUUCAUGGUCUUAUUGUUUCUUCGAUUUUGAUUCCGGCUGCUAUUUCAUCAUUCUUCGCUGGGCGAGUUGCGGAUCGCUUAGGUCGACCAAACAGUAUCAGCAUCGGAGCGUUGAUAUUUGGCAUUGGGGCGGCCCUGGAAGCAGGCGCUGUCCACUUGGGAAUGUUUAUUGUUGGACGUUGUAUUGAAGGUAUUGGGGAAGGGCUAUAUCUUGGGAAUUUAGUUGUUUACAUUUGUGAAAUCUCACCCCCUAGCAAAAGGGGUCCGCUAACAACUGGUCCUCAAUUGUUGAUUACUUUGGGUCUUGUUGUGGGAUUCUUUACCUGCUAUGGCACUACCGGAAUCGACUCCUCAAUGUCGUGGAGAUUACCUUUCAUUCUGCUGGCCAGUCUAUCAUUUGUAUUUUCCAUAUCAUGUUAUCUGUUCCUGCCCCAUUCACCUCGAUGGCUCAAACUCAGUGGCCGUCCGGCGGAAGCAGCCGAAACCUGGGAUUUUCUAGGAGUUAGCCGAGCGGAACGCGAAAAGGUUGAGGUUGAACAGGAUCAAGGAGAGACCGAUACCAAAACCAAUUUCUGGGCUCUGUUCUCGAAGGAUGUGCGUGGCCGUACGGCUCUGGCAGUUUUCAUGAUGGGUAUGCAGCAGCUUAGUGGAAUUGACGGUGUUCUUUAUUACGCCCCUCUUCUCUUUCAACAGGCUGGUCUUACAUCCUCAAACGCAUCUUUCCUUGCUUCUGGAGUAUCUGCCAUAGUGAUCUUUGCCGUCACAAUCCCCGCUGCAAUAUUCGCCGACAAAUGGGGUCGACGUCACAGUACUAUCUACGGCGGUAUUGGACUCGGCAUUGUCAUGUUUUUGAUUGGAGGUCUUUAUGCCGGAAACCAAGUUCACGGCGACUUUGGUGCUGGCCGCUGGGUAGUCAUUGUAUCAAUCUAUGUCUUUGCAGUGAUCUAUUGUGUGUCAUGGGCGGUUGGAAUCAAGAUAUACGCCGCUGAGAUCCAGCCUCAACAGACACGUGCGGCAGCAACUAGUCUCGCUCAUGGCAGUAACUGGUGUACAAAUUUCCUGGUCGCACUCGUUACGCCAAUCUUGCUGUCCAAGAGCAGUUUUGCCAUUUACUUUAUGUUUGGAGGAUGCGUUUUGCUCACUUCGUUUAUUUGUGCGCUUUCUAUGCCGGAAACAAGAGGGAAAUCAUUGGAAGAGAUCGAGGAAGUAUUCAAGAGAACGUCAGGAUCAACAAGGUUAAUGAACUUGCGUAAAUUGGUUGCAAGAACCACUAUUCGACAUGAGAUCUGA